UAACGGGUCGAUCUCGCCUGCUACCUACGCUAACGGCGCUCGCUGUGCCGAUCAUUCAAUCCAGCGCUUGGCUCAGGGAUUCGAAGCUCCGUACACCGUCGUCAGAGAGCUUGGGUUGACUCUUGAAGCGAAUUUGGCGCCUCGGCUGAGAUCAGCACUUAGUCUGCCUCUUCUCAAAUCACCUAAUCAUCUCUCCGAAGAAAAAAACUGGACCGGAAGUUGUGAUCGUCGAGAAUAAGCUCACGCCUAGAGGAAGCCGAAUUAAUCCCAUACAAUAAGGAACCCAGCGACGUCGUCAUGAUGACAGAUGCGAGCGCCCGGAAACACAAGCAGGGAGAUGACGGUGCGAAAACCAAUGCGCGCAAACUCCGUGAAACGGCUCUCAGCAGCCCAGCGGUAUUCUCCGACGACCCUGUAGCGAUAGCUGAUAAGGAAGCCUGUGACUAUAGCAUCAGGAUCACGACAGAGAUGGCGAAAGCCGGAACAGCGCCUCGUCCGAUAAGGAUGUACGCCGAUGGUAUCUACGACCUUUUUCACCAAGGGCACGCGCGACAACUUAUGCAGGCGAAAUCCAUGUUCCCGAACGUCUACCUCAUCGUCGGCUGUUGUAGCGACAGAUUAACGCACACAAAUAAAGGGAAAACGGUGAUGACCGACAAAGAACGCUACGAGGCAUUGCGCCACUGUCGAUACGUAGAUGAAGUCGUCCGGGACGCGCCAUGGGUCCUCACCAGUGAAUUCUUAACUAAGCACAAAAUCGACUUCGUUGCACAUGAUGACAUCCCAUACGGAUCAGAGGACGAAAGCGAUGUUUACAAAUUCAUAAAACAGAGAGGAAUGUUCGCUCCGACGCAGAGAACCAAAGGAGUCUCUACCUCGGACCUUGUGGCGAGAAUAGUUAAGGACUACGAUCUCUACGUGAGGAGGAACCUCGACAGAGGCUACUCCGCGAAAGAGAUGAAUGUCUCCUUCAUAAAUGAGAAAAAAUUCAUCCUGCAAAAUAAAAUGGACGCACUCAAGAAGAAAGGCAACGAUUUCGUCGAGAACCUCGGAGAGAAGAAGCACGAGAUCAUCACAAAAUGGGAGGAAAAGUCUCGGGACUUCAUCCACAGUUUCCUAGAACUUUUUGGUCGGGACGGAGCCUUGAACCUCCUCUGGAACGAGGGCAAGGGCCGCAUCCGGAGUGCACUCUCCCCGACAACUACCCCACCGGACUCACCUGUCGCCAAUCGCGAUGAGGAGCUCGACCAGCCGCGGCUGACUCUGGUGAACGAUUCGUGUGAAGAAGAUUCUCCCCCGAUGAAACGAGGACGGAAUCUUCAUUCAUCGGUGUCCUCUCUCGGCGACGACACCUGUGAUUCUGAGGGCAGCGAUCGAUCCAGAAGAAACGGAAGUCGGAGACGGAGACGAUGAAGCGAAUAGGUUUUAAAUGAACAUCCGUUAUGCAAAAGUGUUGUAGUUUGAGCGACGGAUCAACGGAAACAUCUCUCUGCGUCGAGUGCCUUAGUAUUGAGACAGGGAGAGGUGACCUUAACCAGUUCCACGAAAAGUUGACCCAGACGACUAGAUUUUCAGAAAAAGCUGUUUUUCCGCAUCAGACGAGGAGCCUAUGGUGACAAUCCAGUGAGAAUUUUUAGGAACAUGGAUGUGACAGCUCCGAUAGAAAGAUUACUGAGUGAGCGAGAGAUGUAGGAAUGAUUUUAGGCGUCAACCCAUCUUCAAUUUUUCAACGAUGUUUCCGCCUUCCUCGAGGCAAAUUUGACCGCUACCCAGGCCAGCUACAUCCCUUCCAUGGGCCUGGAGAGUCGAGAAGCGCGGGAAACUGCAGACGUGACCCAUUUGAGAAGUUGACUUAGCCCGCGCUCUUUUCCGCCGGCGACUACUGUUAAAGAUUAAAAUUAAAUAAAAUUAUGCAAGAAUUUUACGGUAAAGCCCGCUGUCUUCCACC